GUUCAACAAUGCCGUCCCAUUCUAUACCUUGCCACGAAGACACAAAGCAUGGUCGUCAUGGCUUUCCUGUGGUCUUCCUACUUACAAUCUCUACAACUGAGCCAUGGCUCUAGUGCAUCCCCUGUUCAUCCUAGAAGUAAUUCGGUGUACACAGACCCAGAUUAUGGCACCUCCAUGCAGGGUCGCUUGGCGUAUGGCUUGGUUUCAUUCUUCUGCUUGUUCUCCCUGGCCUUUGUCUUGGGUAUACGCGCGAAGAGAUUCGAGAAGAAGAAACUCAAAUUCACAUGGCUCCUGGUUCAUGUACAAACACUGAUAGCUCUUGGCCUUGUAAUUUCUUCAUCUAUUCUGGUAGUCACAUUCGGGACUACAACGCAAGAGCAAUGUUUCUCUGCAAUCAUGGUAUGCGUAGUCUUUUACAUCACCGCCAAGAUGUGCCUGUACAUGUUUCUCCUGGAAAGAGCCCAUGUCGUCCGAGCGCCGUUCAUUCGCAAACGCACCGAUGACUGGGUGUGGGUUGGCGGUACAACUUUGAUUUGUGUUACCUUUGGCGCAAUCUCCAUCUGGGGCCUCAUUACCCCUCACGCUGAGCUCAGUCUAGACGACGGACAGUGUCGCAUCGGAUUAGCGAAAGUCCCGGCCUAUCUUUUGCUCAUUUUCGACGCCUUGAUCAAUGCCGCCCUCACUGUAUUAUUCGUCGUUCUCCUUCGCCCUGUCCUAGAGUUCCGCGAGCGUACAUCGACUUGCUUCGACGAUGGGAAUCCAUCCCCAUCUGUCAACCGUUUUCGUCAAGCUCUGCGGCAGCUGCGAUCCUUGGGCUUCAAGGAGGAUGAGGGGACGGACAAUUUCUCCACCAGCAUCAAGAUAGUGCUCUGGAAGAAUGUCGUCGGCAGCGGCAUCACAUUUAUGGCAUCUGCAGCCAAUCUCAUUGUCUUUUUCUCCGAGAAGGGCAGUCAACUGGCUUCUGUUUGUCUUGUGUCUUGUAUGGCUGAUGUGACCUGCGGUGCCCUUGUCGUGCACUGGCUUACUAUCGGUUCGAACGAGGAGAUCCACGUUCCUCCAAGAUCGACCCGUUCAAAUCAUACGCCGUCACUGUCUUCCUCAUCAACGAUAGCAGCCAUCUCAAAACCUGAAGACAUUGUAAAGCCGUCCAAGCCAGAGAGCUAAGAGACUCAUAUGUCGGUAGAAAUGGAGGAUCAUAUAUACCCUACCUAUUUUCAGUCAUUUCGGGUCCGGAACAUAAGACUCCAUUCAUCCAUGAAAGUUAUUGGGACGAGAACGACUCAGCUCCGCCUAUUUCUGAAUAAUCCAUUGCAGCCCAAAGCACAUCCCCGUCGGACACAUUGUAGAGUUAAGAUCAACAUCCACUCCAUUCCACGCUCUCUUGAUACCGCCCCUUGGCUAAUUCGAUCCUGAGGAUGCGGUUGAUUCACAACCCACGCAUCCGCCAAAAUCUUAUCUUAACAUCACUAAGCGUACGAGGUCCCCCGGGCAGCGACGCUGCAAGAUCCGCGGUUGAGGCAGUAACCUGCGACGUGCUCGAUCCGAUACUUUGCAUAUUAGGAUUAUCGCGGAUGCAGUAGACGUCUUCGCCCGCUGCGAAUAUGUGCGGGAGGUGCUUUGUGUCGUCGAAGUUGUUGUUCUUAUUAGAUAGGAAAUGCAAU